UGCUUGCUGCAACACGCUUGUGCGCGCUGCUGUGGAACUCUGCUCUGUAGUUUGGAGUCGCUUUUGACCAUUUGUUUUCCUCCAGCCUCAAGUCGCAUUUUAAAUGGACGGAGCUCGACGGACUCUGCAUGCUGUCGGCGGCUUAAAUCAAAGCAUGCCCGACUUCAAAAUGCGGACUGACUAGCGUUACGUAUUCCGAAAGCUGCCGUUAGCAUGAGCUUUACGUGGCUUUAUGAGAGUAAGCGCAGAAGAUAGCUAAUGUUAGUUUGUUUGGCUAACGUUGAGUUAACCGUGUAGGACUGCAGUCGAGUACCAACUAACUUAAUGGCGCUAGACAGUUAACGCGAGCGAAAUUUAUUUUGGUUUGCCUGAAGUGAAUCAGUUUAGAUGAGUUAGUCAGCAGCAGAUGCUAGUGAGAACGUUAGUUCAUUUGCUGGAUUAACGUCAGCCAUUAGGAGUGGGUCUGUCCAGGGUUCAUCUGGUUGUUUGAUGGGGCUUUUAAGGACCAUGAUGCCGCACAAGUUGCAGCUUGUGGCUGUUUUGGCAUUUGGAGUGGCGAUGCUGUUUAUUGAGAACCAGAUCCAGAUACUGGAGGAGUCUAGAGCCAAACUCGAACGUACCAUUGCCAGACACGAGUUGGCUGAAGUAGAGCAGCGUCAGAGUGAAGAUGCUGGUCGGGGAUUGUCACCACUGGCAGAAAAAGAUGACAUGGUCAUCAUCUACAACAGAGUGCCCAAGACGGCCAGCACAUCCUUCACUAACAUCGCCUACGACCUGUGUGGGAAGAACCGCUUCCACGUCCUGCACAUCAACACAACCAAAAACAAUCCCGUCAUGUCUUUACAAGACCAGGUGCGCUUUGUCAGGAAUGUCACCUCAUGGAGAGAGAUGAAGCCCGGCUUCUACCACGGCCAUGUAGCUUAUCUGGACUUCUCAAAGUAUGGCGCGAAGAGGAAGCCGAUGUACAUAAAUGUGGUGAGGGACCCCAUUGAGCGCCUGGUGUCAUACUACUACUUCUUACGUUUUGGAGACGACUACAGACCUGGUCUUCGACGAAGGAAACAAGGGGACAAAAAGACCUUUGAUGAGUGUGUGUCGUCAGCGGGGUCUGACUGUGCUCCUGAGAAACUCUGGCUGCAGAUCCCCUUCUUCUGCGGCCACCACUCCGAGUGCUGGAACGUAGGCAGUAGUUGGGCCCUGGAACAGGCCAAGUACAACCUGCUGAAUGAGUACCUGCUGGUUGGAGUAACUGAGGAGCUGGAGGACUUCAUCAUGAUCCUGGAGGCAGCACUGCCACGCUUCUUCAAGGGAGCCACAGAGCUUUUCAGAACAGGAAAGAAGUCCCAUCUGCGAAAGACCACCGAAAAGAAGCCUCCAACCAAAGAGACAAUAGCCAAGCUGCAGCAGUCUGACAUCUGGAAAAUCGAAAAUGAGUUUUACGAGUUUGCACUGGAACAGUUUCAGUUUGUGCGUGCCCACGCAGUCAGGGAAAAGGAUGGAGAACUUUAUGUCCUGGCUCAGAGCUUCUUCUAUGAAAAGAUCUACCCCAAAGUGAGCUAGAGGUGUAGCCAAGAGUGACUAGGGCUGCACAGGGACUUUACAAGGCCUCAAUUGGAAGUCAUUUACACUGAGACGCACACGUUCAUUGAGUGAUGCUGGUGAAAGCUCAAGUGCUUUUUCUGGGAUUUAGAUUUUGACACUGUUGCAGUUACAGAAAAUCCCUUUCAGGCAGUACAGUGGAAUUUCUACAAGGAAUGUGUGUUUGCUGGUGCAGCUGUUGAGAAAACCUAACAUGGAUGAACAGUCAAGUCUGAACGGUGAGAAAGAAUCUGAGCCCAGAGCUGGGUGAAAUAGUUACUGAAUGUGAUGCAUCAAAACCCAAACACAAGCAGCCUUUGAUUUAUGACGUUCUGGUUUGUUUGUUUUUUUUGGGGGCGGGGCAAGUUCAACAAGUUUAAAACCUUAUUAAAAAAGAGUUUUUCUGUCCCCUGACACAUUUGAAAAUGAAAUGAGCUCAGACAGCUUGUUAAGCUCCGCGUUGCAUUACUUUCUUUUUUUUCCCCCAUACUACGUUUUAGCUGCACAAACUCUUUUUUAAAAACUGAUAAAACUGUUACAAACACACAAAUCUCGAGCUGCAUCUGUACAUACUGUAAUAACAUGCCCUGAACAUGUUUUUGGACCAAACAGUAGAAAAAGAUUGGACCAUUGCAUCAUUGGUGCGUGACUAACAAAUGUUUUUAUGUUAUGUUUUUUUUUUUUAUCCCACUGAGAUGUUCUCAAUGUUUACACUUUUUUUUUUAUUUUUUUAGAAUUCUACCACAGAGAUAGUGACGUGCAUGUGAUUAUGUGAAAAAGAACAGAAAGUUUUGACUUCAGGGAUCACCAGAGCUUUGACUUGGUCGCAGAGUCAUUUCCAGCAGAAAGAGAAUGGGCCAGAGGUCAAACUGAUAGUGCCUUUAUUACAAAGUUCAUUUCCCUGUGAUCCCACAGUCAUGUUUCCUCUUUUUUUGCGUGUAAUCUUUAUGAACUGCAGAUCCUGUUUCUCAUCUGUUUCACACUUACCCCAUUAACAGCCUAAGCAUAAACAAGUAACCGCAAAUUUCUUGGCACAUUUUAUUCUUACUGUAUUCUUUACUGCGAGUUGUUGAUUGUGUCUAAUGUGUGUGUUGUGGUCUAUUGAUGUCUUGCACUAGUGAGGCAGUUUUAAUGGCACCACUGUAGAAUUUUGAAGUAGCUUUGGUUUUUAAAGGGAAUUGCACUUGCCUAAAUUUUGGGAGACUUUUAGAGUAUAGACCAAGCACCGACUGUGUAUGACGACGAUGUGUAUGAAAAUCCCUGGUUUCCAAAUUUCCCAUAGUGCAACUUGAUAGCAUCUUUUGUUAGACCCUCCCUGCCUGGAAGGUGGCGUUUACGACACAAUUGUUCAGCAUGGGUAUUAUUAUUCAUGUCCAAACACCAUGCUGUCAUUGUAGAUGACUAUCACUUAAUUAUAAGAAAUUUCCGGAUGAGACUGAUAAGGAUUUGACAUUAAUAUAACAUCAUACCAUAUGUUCUUUUAUCAAAGAUUUUGAGCAAUAUUGUCCGUCCCUCAAAAUGUUAUCAGGCAGAAACCUUUCAAAACAAUCUCAUCUCUUUUAUGGACAGCAGACCUGCGAGCUUCUAGAUAACUCAAUUUAAUUUCUUUAUCAAUUUGGUUACUGACGUUUGAAUGCAGUUGUAGUACUGUAUGGUUGAUCCCACGCUAGCAGCUUUGUGAGUUUGUACUGUGACAGAGUGGUGCUUACUAGCAUGCUCCCAUUAGUGUACUACAGUAACACAAUGUCAAUGCUAAAAUUCUGUUGUGUGUCAUUCAAACAUCUUACUCAGAAGCACAACUGUCAAUAUCAUGGUGCUAGAGAAAAAGUCAGGGGAUCACGAUAUCAUUAGAGUCUGUCCUUUGGGCACCGUGAAGAUCUGUAUUCGUUCGUUCAGUUUCAUCUAACAGGUUUUGGAUUGUUGGAUGGAAGGAUUAGUAUUUCAGUCUGGUUAAAAGGCAUGUCUUUUUCUUUUUUUAUGUUUUAUUGCAUCAAUCAAAAAAUGAAGAGAUUUCAGGCUUGGCGAAACAGGUGGGACAACCAGUCAAUCUCAAUAUCCCUAAAGACCCCUCACAAAAACAUGGUUCCUGCCUACAGCCUAAAAACAAUAACCAAAGUAGAAGCAGCAAAGCGCAAACCAUCCUGACUUUUAAAAUGGAUCCUACAUUUUCCAUUAUGCAACUCAAUUGCAUCUGUGAUUUGCCAGGUAAAUGCAGAAACUAAGGAUAAUUUUCAUAAUUCAUUCAUUUGCUGAUUCUUGUCUCAAUUAAUCAUUCGGUCUAACAAACAAACACUGAAAAUAGUGGGAAAAGCCUCUCACAGAGCCCAAGAUGACCUUUUCAAAUUCCUUGUUUAGUCUGAAGAACAUUCUAAAAUCGGUUAUCUUUAUCUGUAACAAGUUUUUUUUUCUUUCAGUCUAAAAGAUAUUCACUUUCCAGUUUUAUAAAACGAAACGCAAAUAAGCCCAGCGUUUGAGAAGCUGGGUCCAAAGAAUGUUUGCAAUUAAUUGAUUGAUUGUAAUGCAGGCUUUCUAUUAAAAUAUGUCCAAAUGAAAAUUA